AGGGAUACAGCAGCAACCUCAGAUCCUACCCUCAGGGAGCUGACAGGGCCGGAUGAACAAGUGUGUCAGUGAAUUAAAAGGCACAGGAGGCUGGGCACGGUGGCUCACGCCUGUAAACUUUUGGAGGCCGAGUUGGGAGGAUCGCUUGAGCCCAGGAGUUCGACACCAGCCUGGGUAACAUAGAACUCCGUCUCUAAGAAAGAAAAAAAAAAACCCUUCCCAGCUGGCUUCCCUGAGGAACGUGGUGUCCCAGGGAGCUGGAUGGAUGAGGAGCAGCCGGCCGGUGAGUGGUGGGGGCCCGCGUUCCUAUCUCGGAGCUGAAGAAGCGUGGAAGAUGAUCUGGCCCAACAUCCCUUUGUUCUCAGAGGAAGGACCCUCCAAGACCGGGGAGGGGCCUGUGCGUGGAUUCCGGUCCGAAACGUGUCUGGGCUGCUGCGAGAGGCAGCCGGUGAAGGAAAGAAGGGGGCAUCCGGAGAGUGGCCCGGGAGGCCAGGCGAUGGUGAGGAGGGCGCCCCCUCUCCACCAAUCCAAAUCCUCCCCAUUCAUGCGGGCAGGGGACAGACCCUCCCCCGCCCAUCCUAGACUGGAAAGUGAACAUUCUCUGCGCCUCUCCCACCUACAGACUAGUUACGGCCCCCAGUUCCCGUGUCGGCUUCACCACUGACUCGGAUUGGGAUCUACCUUUCUCUGAGCCUCGCUUUUCCCAUCUGAAAAAUGGAACUUCCGAUCCCGCACUCCCAUCUCACUCUGACCCCAGGACUUUGGGAUACUUAGAGAUUGGCUUUUGGUGGGGCGGCGACAGGACUGUGGCCAUGAAGGCCAGGGAGUCUGGGUCCCCAACUCGGUCCCAUUCCCUAGGGAGAUUCGGGCAGCAACGGGCCCCACAAUGCUCUUGAGAACUACACUUCCCCGAUAUGCAAAGGGGAGGAGGCGGUUCCCGCUAGUCUCCGACGACGUGGGCCUGAGCCGGCCUGGGGACUACGACUCCCGGCGCGCUCCGCAGUCCAAAGCCGGAAAAGCGUGAAUCCGGAACCGGAUGUGGCUUGCGGCUCCGGUGACUGAACGCGCGGGGAAAUGGCCACGGGGACAGACCAGGUGGUGGGACUCGGCCUCGUCGCCGUUAGCCUGAUCAUCUUCACCUACUACACUGCCUGGGUGAUUCUCUUGCCAUUCAUCGACAGUGAGCAUGUCAUCCACAAGUAUUUCCUGCCCCGAGCCUAUGCUGUCGCCAUCCCACUGGCUGCAGGCCUCCUACUGCUCCUGUUUGUGGGACUGUUCAUCACCUACAUGAUGCUGAAGAGCGAGAGGGUGACCAAGAAGGCUCAGUGAAGGUCCCGCGGGGAUGAGGCUGCCAGCCCCUUCUCUGCUUCCCCUCCAGCACAGGGACCAAGUAGGGGAGCCUGCAGAACCUGUCCAGGCACAGUGGCGCCUCAAGCCUGCCUGUCCUGCAGAGUCCCCAUGACAUAGAGCUUACCCCUGCCUGACCGGAGCCCCCUCCCUGACUCCCACUUCCGGAAGCUAGGAGGGAGGAAUACCUGGAAGACUCCAGUCACCCCCUUCUUGCUCAGGGCCUAAAAGAUGCUGGUCUCCCAACCUCACUCUCAGACUCCCUGCCACCUUUUUCCCCGGGUUCUGCCAUGUUGCCUCACUUCCCCUCCUGUCACAUGCUGACAUUGGACUUAGCGGGUUCUAAGGCCGCAUGUGUGACCUCUCUGACCUCUCUCCACAAGUCCUGCUCCUCCAGCAAGGCAGCUUUCCUUAGCCUGACACAGCCCAAGACCCCACAAAGCCUUCUGGACCUGGAACACCUGGGGAAGGACUGACAGACCCCAGGACCAGCCCUGGGGCUCAGGGCAUAGUAGCUGCUGACCGAUGACUCCUCAUGGAGGCCCAGCCCCAAAGCCCCAGGGCUGGCCUGUUUGGGAGAGCUGACCAAUAAACACUGAUAAUGUGUUUGU